AUGUUCGGAUUCCGUGCUUAUCCUACACCAAUCUGGAGACCUUUGGCUCCUUUCUUUGCCGCAAGUGCAAUCGUCUUCUACGGUGUCAACAGACUACAAGAAGCCGGUGUCUCAACCGAUGAAGCCCGCAAGGAUCCUCGCAACCCUUACGCAUUGAAGAAGGCUAGCCACUAA